UAUUCUCGCAAGAGAAGCCUGCCUGUGCGGCUGUGCCAGCAUUUCUUUCUGUCUCCCACAAACCUGAAACUGGGCGUCCGAACCCCCAACUGCAACGGAAGCAUCGCGCGCUUUUUUCUUCUGAACGCAAAAGAAUGUCCUUGGUUCUUAAAAAACCUCCAUCGUUAAAAGCGUCCCCAUCCCAUUCUUCAACUCAUCACCUAAAACUGAGACCCAUAUCCCUCUCUUUCCCCGUUCAACGAUUCCCUAGACACCCCCAAUUUCGAGUUCCCCUUACAAUCCUUAACGCCGCUAUCCACCCUUCCAUUAUUCCUCCAAAGGCCAAAGCUUCCAAUACUCUCUCGCUUUCUCAGACUCUUCGCUUCCUCAAACCCUGUCUUGUCUCCGAGCAAAAAAUCGUUUUCUUGGGCUGGCUCUGUAGCGUCAUAUCUGUUUACUCCCUAUCCAAAAUCAUCUCUUUAGUCGGGAAAGUUUCUGCUACUAUCAGCGACAUUGACGUUAUCAAGUUGCGAGACAAAGGUUUAGUAUUGGGGGGUUUGGUGAUUGUCCGGUUGAUUGCAAGUUAUGGGCAGCAAGCCUUUUUAUGGAAAGCUGCACUAAAUGCGGUAUAUAAGCUUAGGGUUCACGCUUUCGACAGGGUUUUGCAGAGAGAAUUGGGAUAUUUUGAAGGCAAGGAUGGCGUUUCCGCCGGGGACAUUGCGUAUCGGAUCACUGCGGAAGCUUCGGACAUUGCUGAUACUUUAUAUGCUCUGCUCAACACCAUAAUUCCCAGCACUCUUCAGUUAUCAGCUAUGAUGACGCGAAUGCUGGUGAUCAGUCCUGUCCUUUCUUUGAUUUCAGCUUUGGUUAUUCCUUGUAUGGCACUUGUUGUUGCCUUUCUUGGUCAGAAACUACGUUCAGUAUCUAGAAAAGCACAUCUUAGCAUUGCCACUCUCUCGGCAUAUCUAAAUGAGGUCCUUCCUGCAAUUCUUUUUGUGAAAGCAAACAAUGCAGAGCUGUCUGAGAGUGGCCGGUUUAAGAGGCUGGCUAGGAUUGACUUUUUUGAAUGCCUGAACAAGAAGAGGAUGAAAGCAGUUAUUCCUCAGAUUAUACAGGCUAUUUAUUUCGGCGUGCUAUUUAUACUUUGUGCUGUUUCAAUUGUGAUUUCAAGAGGAUCAUUCAGCAGCUGUAACUUAGUUUCGUUUGUGACAUCAUUGCUCUUUUUGAUUGAACCAAUCCAGGAUGUGGGAAAAGCGUACAAUGAAUUGAGGCAGGGAGAACCAGCUAUUGAACGCUUGUUUGAUCUGAUCAAGUUCACAGAUAAGGUAGUUGAGAAACCAGAUGCUGUGGAUUUAGACUCUGUUAGAGGGGAGAUAAACUUUUGUAACGUCUCAUUCAAGUAUGGUGAAGAAAUGUCGCUGGUUCUAAAUGGACUGAAUCUUCACAUUGAAGCUGGAGAGAUAGUUGCUCUUGUUGGUCCCUCUGGUGGAGGGAAAACAACACUCAUAAAACUGUUGCUUCGUCUUUAUGAUCCCCUGGCUGGCUGCAUACUUAUUGAUAAUCAUAACAUCCAAAGCAUUCGGUUGCAAAGUUUGAGAAGACAUGUUAGUCUUGUUUCUCAAGAUAUAACACUUUUUUCGGGAACAGUUGCUGAAAACAUUGGUUAUAGGGAUCUGACAACAGAAAUUGACAUGGAGAGGGUAAAACAUGCAGCACAAAUUGCUAAUGCUGAUGAAUUUGUAAGAGAACUUCCAGAAGGAUAUGAAACCAAUAUUGGACCGAGGGGCUCAACUCUAAGUGGAGGACAAAGGCAAAGGCUAGCCAUUGCCAGGGCACUAUAUCAGAAUUCUUCUAUCUUGAUACUGGAUGAGGCAACGUCUGCUUUAGAUAGCAAAUCUGAGUUAUUGGUGAGGCAAGCUGUAAAGCGUUUGAUGAAAAAUCACACUGUGCUGAUAAUUGCCCAUCGCAUGGAAACGGUUCGGAUGGCUAAAAGAGUAUUCCUCUUGGAUAGGGGGAAGCUAGAAGAGUUGCCUCAUUCUGCUAUAUGGGUUGGUCGCAAGGACUCGUUGUUAUCAUCUGGUUUGGUGAUUUAAAUAUUUCUUGUAUAGGAGACUUUCACAUCCUAGUCUGGUGCUUUAUGUCAAUUGAAUCUCUAACGUUCCUUUAUAUCUGGAGAAGGUGGAGCAGCGUAGACUUUGUACAUUCUUUUUUUUCCCCCAAGGCAUUUAUCUCCAAUAAAAGAACAUUUCUGGCUCGAAAAACUUAACAUGCCAGUCAAUGCUAUUAGUUUACUAUGUCACCAAGAGAGUCAAAACAAUUUUACAUGGAGGACCUGGUAAAUGCGUCCCGAAAUGUUAUGAACUCUGCUAAUUGAAAGUGGAUCUACACCCU